AUGGUCGGAUCACUUCUGAGCUAUAUCGGACUUGGUGGCGCCGCCUCAGCCACACCAACACCAGAAAAUGGCGCUGUUCGCGCUCUGCCAGGCAAUUGGUACACAUCAGAGGAGAUGUACCAGCUUGAGAGACGUGCCAUCUUCUCCCGCCGAUGGCUCAUCCUUACACACAAGUCACGUCUCCAGAAGCCUGGCGACUGGCUUCGCUACAACUGCGCCAACUACGACUUUGUCGUUUCCAAGGACCGCAACGGUGAGAUCCACGCCUUCCACAACGUCUGCAGGCACCGUGCCUACCCCGUCGUUGAGGCAGAGGAGGGUAACUCGAAAAUUCUUUCGUGCAAGUACCACGGCUGGUCGUAUGGCCUGAACGGUAAGCUUGCGAAGGCUCCCGGCUACCAGGAUCUCGAUGGAUUUGACAAGACGAAGAAUGGACUCUUCCCUAUCCACGUUCACACUGAUCCCAACGGUUUCAUCUAUGUCAACAUGGACUCUAACAAGAUUCCCGAGGUCACAUGGGACGAGCAGUUCGAGGGCACCGAUCAGCAGGAGCGAUUUCAGCAGUUCGACUUCGACGACUACGGGUUCGACCACUCAUAUACAUUGGAAGGCAACUUCAACUGGAAGAUCCUCGCAGACAACUUCAACGAAUGCUACCAUUGCAAAACAACACACCCAGAUCUCCCUGCCAUCGCCAACCUCGAGACAUACGAUGUUCAGUGCUCUGCCGACCACAUCGACCAUGACCCCAAAAGCAACCCCGACCAGGUCAAGCAAGGUCUCAACAUUUGCUCCACAUACCUUUUUCCCUACUCCUCAUACACCGUCAGUCCACACUUCAUGUUCAUGCAGAAGUUCAUGCCCUCUGGCCCCAACCGAUGUGUCAUGUACUACGAAGUCUGGAAGAAUCGCAACAGCACCCGCGAGGAGUUCGAUCGCCUAAACAUUGUCUACAAACGUGUCAUGGCCGAAGACAAGGUCCUCUGCGAGCGUGCUCAAGAGAACAUCAAUGCUGGCGUCUUCAUCAACGGCGAGCUGCACCCACACAUGGAGAAGGGCCCCCUCUUCUUUCAGAAGCGCUGCCGCGAGAUCGUAAUGGAGCAUGCGAAGAAAGAGAAGGUUGCCGGCAAGCAGAUCUGGCCCGCUAGACAAUCACUAGAGAGGGAUGGAAACUCAGCGAUCAGUAACGAUGACGUUGCGUUCUGUGAGGGACUGGCAUGUGGUAACGAUAACGAUAAGAGCGAGUUGGCUUGGUAA